UGCGGCAAGUCCAGACACAAAUGGACCGAUUGUUGGUCAAAGGAACCUACUGUUGUCCGAGUGGCAGCAGUGAGAGUACAAAAGCGGAAAAGAGGGAAUGGCAAGUCCAAUUCCCAGAAGAAGGCUAAAGUGGCUGCUGUAGUAGCAGAGGAUCCACUUGUUGUACUCCCGGAG